CAUGCGCCCUCCUAAAUUUCCUGUUGUAUUUUCAAUUCCUGGAGCAAACUUUUUUUCCUGUUACGGCAAAGGUAGCUGGUCAGGUGAGAGUGGGGUUUAAUCUGAACCCCCUCUCCCUGCCCCCUAUAUACACAUACACACACCAAACAGUGCGUUCAGAGAGAUUAAGGAGCAAAACAGCCGUCUGUUUUAUGUGGAAAACACCUGGAACUUGCUGAGGGAGGAUCCGGUUCGGAUGAAAAGGAAGGGGUCAGGUGGAAACAGGAGGGACUCCGGCUCCUUGUCUCCCCUCAUCGCCGCCUGCCCGGUGCCUACACCAUGCCCAGAGCUUUCCUGGUCAAAAGAAAAGAGCCUUACCCGGAGAUCCGAGACUGGAAUGAGCUGCCAGACGAAGAGAGAGCCGACACCUACAUACCAGUCAAUUUGAGUUGCUUUCUGAGUUACGAAGAAGAAAGCAAGACCCAGGAUCCACCACCCGGAACAACUGGUUUGGACAAACUGCUGAACGAUUCAAGCGAGCCCCGCCUCCUCUACAAGACCGAACCGGACCAGGAGAAUGCGGAGGAGCAAGUUCUGGCACCGGAAUGCAAAAAGCGCAACGUCUUGCGAACGAAAAUCAAGAUCACCACUGGGGAAUGCAGCGACGCCACCUUCCGCUGCCAGGUGUGCAGCAAGGGCUUCCGGCUACAGCGCAUGCUCAACCGGCACCUGAAGUGUCACAGCCAGGUGAAACGUCACCUGUGCACGUACUGCGGCAAAGGCUUCAAUGACACCUUCGAUCUGAAGAGGCACGUCAGGACGCACACUGGAAUUCGCCCUUAUAAAUGCAGCCUUUGCCAUAAAGCCUUUACACAGAGAUGCUCCUUGGAAUCACACCUCAAAAAGAUCCACGGAGUGACACAGAAAUACAGCUACAAGGAGAGGAGGGCAAAGCUCUAUGUGUGUGAAGAAUGUGGGUUCACAGCCAUCAACCAAGAGGACCUUUAUCUUCAUAUGAAGCAAAAUCACCCAGAAAACCCACUACUUAAAAAGACUUCAAAGAAGAUAGCUGCAGCUCUGCAGAACAAACUCAACUCUGUGCUGCACAACAGUGACGAAAAUAAGGAUUCUGAAUAGGAGCAAAAGAAGAGGCAGUGGUGUCGAUGGUGAAGUUUUGAUACUUGCACUGCUGGAUAAACAAAACAUAUGGUUAGUGUGACUGACAUAGUUAAACACAGUGGGAAGAUUACCUUAAAUCGCUGGUGCAAAUGAACUGUUUUUUAAAAAUAGUUUGCUGGAUAUAGCAUAGUAAACAUUUACACUUUUGAUACUGAUCCAGUAUCCUAAAGGGCUACACUUUUAAUAAAAAAAUCCUUGAGACUUGGGUAUUGCUAUCAAUUCCAGAAUAUAAGGUGGCGUAGGGCUGCCUUCUUGAAUUGUUAUUAAUUUGCAUACAAUCUAGCACAACUUACUAGGCCAUUUUAGUUUGCGAUUAACCAAAGUCUGAGUUUGAAUGGUGCUUUGGGCUUUCAACACUUCUUCUCUGUAGGUUUUGUUCUUUGAAGAUAUAUUUUGUUUACCAUUUUUCUUUUUUUUUAAAAUUUGUUGGUUCAAGGGUAUAUUUUUUUCCACAGCGGGAUAUACUUUAUUCAUUUGUUGCCUUUUGAAUUUGAUACAUAAUUCUAUAUCAAGGGAAAUAUUGUGAAUUUCCAAAAUUGAGUACAGAUCUCUUAAUUUGAUAUGGACAAUUAUUGAUACAGAUAAUUUAAUGCAUAACAUUCCAAAAGGUGUCCUGUAUAAACUUCUUAAAAAGACUUUAUAUUACAAAGAGGAAUUGAAAUUUAUGGUAUGCUGUUUUCUACUGGUCUGUUAAUUAAAAAAAAAAUCAACAUUUUUUACAA